CGCCCCUUCGUCGUGUCAAAAGUGCGUUUGCAAGUUUUAUUUCAUUUACUGUACAAUAUUUCGACAAUUUAUUUGUUAUUUGCAUUUAUUUAAAGUUCUUACAUACUAUUCUCUGAUAUUAUAAUUAAUUACGAAGUCGGGUGUCACAAAUAAAUAGUUUUAACAUCAUCCAAGUGUUGUAAAAUUAGAGGAAAAGUGGUGUAAAACAGUCAAGAUGACGGAUUCAAAGUAUUUCACGACGACGAAGAAGGGAGAGAUAUUCGAACUCAAAUCGGAACUGAACAGUGAUAAAAAGGAGAAAAAGAAGGAGGCAGUCAAAAAAGUCAUAGCAUCAAUGACAGUCGGCAAAGAUGUGUCCGCAUUAUUCCCCGACGUUGUAAACUGCAUGCAGACCGAUAACUUGGAACUCAAGAAGCUGGUCUACCUGUACCUGAUGAACUACGCCAAGUCUCAGCCGGAUAUGGCCAUCAUGGCCGUGAACACCUUCGUUAAGGAUCUACCAACAUACCAGCUUGUUAAGGACUGUGAGGACUCCAACCCACUGAUCAGAGCCCUGGCUGUGCGGACCAUGGGCUGCAUCAGAGUGGACAAGAUCACUGAGUACCUGUGUGAGCCUCUCCGCAAGUGCUUGAAAGAUGAGGAUCCUUAUGUCAGGAAGACCGCUGCCGUGUGCGUUGCUAAGCUAUAUGAUAUUUCUUCGAGCAUGGUUGAAGAUCAGGGUUUCCUAGACCAGCUGAAGGAUCUGCUGAGCGACUCCAACCCCAUGGUGGUGGCCAACGCGGUCGCCGCGCUGUCGGAGAUCAACGAGGCCAGUGUGUCCGGACAGCCUUUAGUGGAAAUGAACGCUCCGACAAUAAACAAGUUGCUGACUGCCCUGAACGAGUGCACGGAGUGGGGCCAGGUGUUCAUACUGGACGCGCUGUCCAACUACUCGCCCAGAGACGCCCGGGAGGCACACUCCAUCUGCGAGCGGAUCACGCCCAGGCUCGCGCAUGCUAAUGCUGCUGUCGUAUUGUCGGCGGUCAAGGUCCUAAUGAAGCUGAUGGAGAUGGUAUCGGAGGACACGGAGCUGGUGAGCACUCUGUCCCGUAAGCUGGCGCCGCCGCUGGUGACGCUGCUCAGCGCCGAGCCCGAGGUGCAGUACGUCGCGCUACGGAACAUCAACCUCGUCGUGCAGAAGCGACCUGAUAUCCUCAAGCAUGAGAUGAAGGUAUUCUUCGUGAAAUACAACGACCCGAUCUACGUGAAGUUGGAGAAGCUGGACAUCAUGAUCCGGCUGGCGUCGCAGGCGAACAUCGCGCAGGUGCUGGGCGAGCUCAAGGAGUACGCCACCGAGGUGGAUGUAGACUUCGUCAGGAAGGCCGUCCGGGCCAUCGGACGGUGUGCUAUUAAGGUGGAACCAUCAGCCGAGCGCUGCGUCUCCACUCUCCUGGAGCUGAUCCAGACCAAAGUGAACUACGUGGUGCAGGAAGCCAUCGUGGUGAUCAAGGACAUCUUCAGGAAGUACCCCAACAAGUACGAGAGCAUCAUCAGCACUCUGUGUGAGAACCUGGACACGCUGGACGAGCCUGAAGCCAGGGCUUCCAUGGUGUGGAUCGUGGGUGAAUACGCCGAGCGUAUCGACAAUGCUGACGAGCUGCUCGACUCCUUCCUCGAAGGAUUCCACGAUGAGAAUGCACAGGUCCAGCUGCAGCUGCUGACGGCGGUGGUGAAGCUGUUCCUGAAGCGGCCGGCCGACACGCAGGAGCUGGUGCAGCAUGUCCUCAGCCUCGCCACGCAGGACUCCGACAACCCCGACUUGAGGGACCGAGGUUUCAUCUACUGGCGUCUUCUAUCGACGGACCCGGCGGCCGCCAAGGAGGUGGUCCUGGCUGACAAACCCCUCAUCUCCGAGGAGACAGACCUCUUGGAGCCCACACUGCUGGACGAACUCAUCUGUCACAUCAGUUCCCUUGCUUCCGUGUACCAUAAGCCACCCACAGCUUUUGUUGAAGGUCGCGGUGCGGGCGUCCGUAAGUCGCUGCCGGCCCGUGGGGGCUCAGCCACCCACGAGGAGCCCGCGCAGCCCACCGUCAUACCCAACCAACUACACGGGGAAUCUCUUAUCGGAGACCUGCUCUCCAUGGACAUUGGCGGACCUCCCCCUGCACCCGCCCCUACAUCCAACCUGGAUCUACUCGCUGGUGGUCUCGAUGUACUGUUGGGUGGCGGUCCAGAGCCGGGCCCCACGUCGGGUACGACCGGCCUGCUGGGCGAUAUAUUCGGAGUGACGACGGCGCCCGCCUCCUACGUACCGCCCAAGCAGUGCUGGCUGCCCGCUGAUAAGGGGAAAGGUCUAGAAAUCUGGGGCACGUUCAGUCGCCAGAACGGGCAGCCGCGCAUGGAGAUGACGUUCACCAACAAGGCCAUGCAGGCCAUGAGCGGGUUCGCCAUACAGCUCAACAAGAACAGUUUCGGCGUGUUCCCGUCGGGCGGACUAAGCGUGGGCGCGGUGCCGGCCGGGGCCGCGGCUGACGCCCCGCUGGCGCUGGCCACCACUGGACCCGUGCAGAGGAUGGAACCACUCAAUAACCUGCAGGUCGCAAUCAAAAACAACGUCGACGUAUUCUACUUCGCGUGCCUCAUCCCCGUACACAUCCUAUUCACUGAGGACGGACAACUCGACAAACGGGUGUUCCUAACCACAUGGAAAGAGAUCCCCGCCGCCAACGAAGUCCAACACACAUUAUCAAACGUCACAGGCAACGCAGACUCUAUCGCUCAGAAAAUGACACUAAACAACAUCUUUACUAUCGCCAAAAGGAAUGUUGAAGGGCAAGAUAUGCUCUACCAGUCCCUAAAACUCACUAAUAAUAUUUGGGUGCUCUUAGAGUUGAAACUACAGCCUGGUAAUCCUGAAGCUACCCUCAGUUUGAAGUCCCGGACUGUGGAAGUCGCGUCUUGCAUAUUCCAGGCCUAUGAAGCUAUUAUUAAGUCGUAAUCUCAUUUUGUAAAGAGAUAGAUUGUUUUAAACUGUGCAUUGGACAGCGUGUUUUGUAAUAAGACAUCGGUUUUGUCAUGAAAUUUAGUAUAUUUCGUCGGCUUAUUGCAAGAAAUCAUUAACUUCAAAAAACUUUUUCUUUAGUGGAAUUAUUUUGACACAUUCUACAAAAUGCAAAAACAAAUUUCAUCAACGUAGUUAUAUUAAGGGUAAUAUGGGCAAAUCAACACCCAACCAAUACAUAAUUCAAACUAAAAUACCGUUUAUCUCAAAAUAGUGGAUAUGUCACAUAAUGAAUUCUUUCAAUAAGCCGACGAUUGGAAGAUAUUGAUAAAUGUCAUGUCUUACUAGUAAGCGCAAAUACGCUGUCCCUAAAAAUGCCAGUUUCUACUCGGAAAGCUUGCUUUGGUAAAUAAAGACCUCAUUCUCACUAAAAAUGGCAGAUUAUGUCAUAAGCUCAAUUCAAAUAGCAAUUAUUAAUUUAUAUGUCAUACAAAUACUUAGUCAAAUGGAUUAGGAAAAUAUAUAGCCAAUCUGUAUAAUGUAGGUAUCCAUUCGAUUUUCUACUGUAUUACAAAAGUAUAAAGUUGAUAAUCGAUCAAAUCAGAUGUUGAUCUGCUGUACGUAAAGAGAUUGAGGUUUAUAACCAAAGCAAGAGUAUAUCUCGACUUAUAUGUAUAUGUUGGUAUAAGAAUGUUAAUGAAAGUAUUCCUAUGUAAGUUAUAAAGACUUGUAAAUUCCAUUAUAGAUUGUAUGAAUGUUAGAUGCGCGGUACAUAUAUAUUUAAUGACGGUUUUGGCGGCGGCGCUAGUGUUGCUUAGGGUCCAAAAGAAUACUUGCUUAUGUCAUUGGUCAAUCAACUUGUAAUAGCUGAGCUGAUUGGACUAAUGGGACCUUAUGGUAAGCGUCCACUGAUCCGCAUCGUACGGACCGCUCAUCGGCAAUGCCUACAAGCUAUGCGUGCUGAUGACGUCAAAUGAAAUCAGAUGCGUACGAUGCGGGUCUGUGGACGCUUACCUUUAUGGGGCCUUACGCUACUAGCGCCAUCUCUUGAGCGUUAAGUUAAAACCCUCAUUAUCAAAUAGCUUACAUAUUAGACCAUUAUGCAGCUGUAUUACAAUCUGGUUAUUAAUGAAAUUAACGACUGGAAUCAAAUGAAAUGUUAUUUUAAUUCAAAGUUAAGAGAUUAAAUUGAUGAAAUUAUGGUUUUUAAUGUUUGUUACUCGACUGUGUGAGCAGUGCAGUGGUAAUUUAAUUAAUUAUUAAUAUAUUAUGAUUAUAGUUCGCGCCGUUUGGUGACAAACACGCUGUAUGUAAGACGUUACUGUAAUAAAUUUAUGUUAUACUGA